CCACACCUCCACUGCUACGAAUGCGGAAACUUUCGCCAUAGCCCACCAUGACGCUCGUCAUAUCAAAAGACCGAAAUACUAUGUGGGGGUAUAUCCAGACAUGUACGGAUCCGUAGUUCGACAUUGAAAACCAUUGGAGGUCGCGCUCGCAUUGUUCAGUCUCCUUUCUUUCCAGUCUGUACAAUUUUAGCGUCUACCUUUUACAUCAUGCCGCACGCCUUAUCUCCGGAUAGAGAAGUCCCAAGCUUCAAUGGCGAGAAGCUGUUUGUCAACGAUGGCCUACUUCGGCCGGAUCAAGUCGGCACGUUGAAGCAAUCCUCCCCAGAUAUGCCCAUCGAAGAACUUCGACAGCGUUACCAUGAGGAUGGGUAUGUCUUUCUCAAGGGUCUACUUCCUCGGGAGGAUGUCCUGAAGGCUCGUGAGGCAUACUUCACUAUGCUCGCUCCAAGUGGUGUGCUGAAACCCGGCACACUGCCCGUCGAGGGCGUUUUCGAUCCAGCAAAACGCAGAGAAGAUUUCCCAGGUAUUGGAGCUGGCGCGGCUGGGGGUAACGGGAAACCAGGAGGCGUGGCCGCUGAGAAGUUCGUUGACCUUGCACUCGAAGCCCACUAUGCCAGCUGGUACAAGGAAACCUUCUGCAAACACCCAAUGCUGAAAGAUAUGAUUGCCCGGCUUACGGGUUGGGGUGAAAGUACUCUCAGUGUCAAGCGGAGUCUGCUAAGAAACAAUACACCCGGCAAUAAGGCGAUUGGUGUGCAUUACGAUCAGAUCUUUUUGAGGUACGGGGAGCCAACGAGUGUAACUGCUUGGGUGCCGAUGGGAGAUGUCAGCAUCACUGGCGGAGGGUUGAUAUACUUGGAAAAUGGGCAUACCCUCGGCCGAGAUGUUGAAGCAGAGUUCACAAGAAAGGCGAAUGAGUGUGGCUUUUCCGACGAAGAAGCAAAGAAUGCCUUCAACCAAAACAUGCUGUCAACAGGGUUGCUAGCAGAUGGUCCGCUAGAAUACUCAGAUACUUUUGGUCGAAGGUGGUUAGUAACCUCUUAUGAGGCGGGGGAUGUUGUGUUGCAUAACCCAUUUGCGAUCCACGCUUCAACAAUAAACUACGACCCGCGCAAUGUUAUCCGGGUCGGAACUGACCUACGCUUUGUCGACUCAAGUAAGCCGUGGGAUAAGCGAUGGGACAAAGACUAUGAAUUUAAUGAUGGAGUAUGA